GUGCUAAUAUUUUAAAGGGAAAAAAAAAAAGAUGGAUUCCAAAAUCGCUAAAAAGUCUUGGGAACUGGCUAAUAAUGUUGAAAGUGUAUCCAGCGUCGAUGAUAUUUAUCGAUACGAUUCGAAGCAGCAGCAAGAUAUACUCACUGCCAAACCAUGGGAAAAAGAUCCACAUUAUUUCAAGCACAUCAAGAUCUCAGCUUUGGCGCUUUUAAAAAUGGUCAUGCAUGCAAGGUCAGGAGGUAACUUGGAAGUCAUGGGACUCCUGCUCGGUAAAGUGGAUGGCAAUACAAUGAUUGUGAUGGAUGGUGUGGCCUUACCAGUUGAAGGCACAGAAACCAGAGUCAAUGCCCAAGCACAGGCCUAUGAGUAUAUGGCAGCUUACACAGAAGCAGCUAAACAAGUAAAAAGACUAGAGAAUGCCAUUGGUUGGUAUCACAGUCAUCCUGGAUAUGGUUGUUGGCUCUCUGGAAUUGAUGUUUCAACUCAGAUGCUCAAUCAGCAGUUUCAGGAACCAUUUGUUGCUAUAGUGAUUGAUCCUGUGCGCACAAUCUCUGCUGGAAAAGUAAACAUUGGUGCAUUUAGAACAUAUCCCAAGGGUUACAAAGCACCAGAUGAACAUCCCUCAGAAUAUCAGUCUAUACCACUAAAUAAAAUAGAGGAUUUUGGAGUUCAUUGCAAAGCUUACUACCCUCUGGAAAUGUCAUACUUCAAAUCAUCUAUGGAUAGACGUUUACUGGAGUCUCUGUGGAACAAGUAUUGGGUUAACACACUUAGCUCUUCCAGUCUUUUAACAAAUGCAGACUAUACUACAGGAAUGAUUUUUGACUUAUCGGACAAGUUGGAACAAUCUGAAUCUCAAUUAGGUCGAGGUGGUCUAAUUGGUACAGAUGCUCAGGAUAAGAAAACAGAAGAUAAACUCACCAAAGCUACAAAAGAUGGUUGCAAGACUACAAUGGAAGUUCUUCAUGGGUUAAUGUCACAAGUCAUCAAAGAUCGUUUAUUCAACAAAGUUCAUUGCAAAUCCUUAGAAGAAAACCAUCAGGCUACUCCAGUUCCUCAGUAGCUGCCUGGCAAUGAAAAUGAACAUGUUUGAUAUGGUCUUAUUUAUGUUUCAAUAAAGUUAAGAAUAUUUGGCCAAAACUAGUUCACAAUUUUUUUUGCAGUAUGUAUUAAUUGAUUGGGCUUUAUUUAAUUAUUAAUUUGUAUAAGACCACCAUUUUGGAAUGUUCAUUCCCAUGCAUCAAAUCACAUAAUUAAUUUUUCAAAUCUCAUUUUUUAUUCUAUCUCCAAGGUUUUGUCUUUCCUUUAGAAGCGACCUGUUUUAGCACAUUACUAGAUAAGACUUAAACAAAUUCCAUUGACUCCCUGCUACCCAGUAGCACAAUUGUGAAGUAAUUGUUGUAAUACGUUAUAAUAAGUAAUAGGUUUUGUCUUGUGAGUAUGCCCACACUUAAGAAACAUUCAUACUAUGUCUACAUCUGGAUCCUCUGCGAAGGUGUAUUACCCGGGGGAACAUGUUUGUUUUGACAUUGUGUUCACAUUAAAAGGUUUAAAAUCUCUUCUGUUUGAAGUGCAUUAAUGCUAGGGAUUAAUAAUAAGCCAUAAAUGUGUUCCACUCUUUUUUUUUCCUAUUUUUUCUUAAUUCUGAAUAAAUUAUGCUCUAUUUUGUA